UUCAUUUCAAAUUUGUAUUUUAACAAAUGAGGUAUUUUGGAAAUUCUCGAUUUUUUUUGAAAUUCUCGAUUUUUUGAAACUCGUUUGAACAAUAGUUACCAAAACUAUACGUUGUUAUAAGUAGAAGAAGGUUAAAGGCCCCACUACGAAGUUAUCGAGAGCAGUACGACGCGAGGAGUUGGAAUUAGACGCAACGGCAAAGCAAAGCACGCACGUUGUUUUCCGCCCUCUUUCAUCCUCUUACUUGAAGCCCAUAUCUCUCCUUCUCCCCCGGCUGGUCAUUGUGCCUGAAUUCCUCGACUCGCGCGAUUACGAAUCAAGCGGUCUAUACUGAAUAUUAUAUAUAGUCUAAUCGAGGAUCUUGUUGAUUAUAACGCCUCAAGCAUCGACCUUUUGGAUUAAGCUAUCACCGGAUCAAAAUGGCAUCCACUCAAUUGCAACAGUCCCCACCUGGAACCAAAAUGUCUAUGGUCCCGGCCAGUGGCCCAGCAACGGGCACCGUCCCCAUGCCAACUGUCGCCAUGGAGGCCCCGCCGGCAGAGCCGAUCUAUGGCACAAUGAUUCCGAAUCGUGUAUUUGUUGGCGGCAUCAGUCGCGACACAACCGAAUCGGAUCUGAUGAUUGCAUUCAGUGCCUAUGGGUCGGUGCGUAGCACCAAGAUUAUCGUCGACCAGGAUGGCUUCAACAAGGGCUACGGCUUUGUCACAUUCGAGACCGAGGAGGAGGCCCAGCGCCUCCAGAGCGUUGGCAAGUGUGUCAUCUUGCGCAAUCGUCGCCUGAACAUUGCGCCCGCAUUCAAGAAGCAACAGAUCCGUCCCAAAUUCCAGCCGAUCAUCGAGACUAACGGCACUGUUUAUUUCACCACCCAACCGCCGCCGCCGCAUCACCAUCAGCAGCAUCAACAGCAUCAGCAGCAGCAUCAGUCGAUGAACACAAUUCCCAUCGAUCAGUAUGCCGCGGCCAGCUAUGGCCCGGCCGGAUCGGUUACCGACUAUACGGGCGCCCCAGUGCCGACCCUCUAUCAGCAGGCACCGGGCGGUGUCCAGUACCAGCCGGUCUAUCAAUACUAUAGUGUGCCGGUCAAUAUGCCGGCCGUCUGGCCCCAGAACUAUUACCAGGAACCGCAACCAUCCAAUUCACAAACAUCGAUACAACAGCAGACAUCCUGGGAGUUUGAUGGGGCCAACAGCAACAGCUGGCGCUCAUCCUAAUCAAGUGGAGCGCACCUACCAUAUCAAUACUUACUAUGACGAACAAAAGAAAGAAGAACACUAAACCACAAAAAUAAACGAUAUGUAAGUAGCAGAGAAACAAACAACAGAUGUAAGACUCCAACUCUGGGAAGGAUGGACUUUGACAUGAUGAUGAAAGGUGAAAUAUAUGAAAACAAAAUCGAAGUUGAAAGAUGAAGACUCAGAUGAUGGCAAUGCAGAGGACAUAAUACAAAUUCAGAAUACAGAGUAUACACAUAUCGAACAGAUCGAAUGCUGAGCGAAUUACAACGAAGAAAACAUACACUAUCAACAACAACAACAACAAAAACAACAACAGCAGCUGCGCAACUGUGGUCGUUAGAUAUAUAUAUAUAUAUACAUAUAACUAUAUAUUCAUGGAUCGAUACAUACUCUCUGAACAUAUAUGUACAUCUACAAGUAUGUUUAUGUAUAUAUAUAUAAUUUAGAAUAUUUCGGCUCAAUUAGGGGCAAAUGCAAAUCUAUCGAAAACUCUCAAAUAAGACUAACAAUAAUAUAAGGUACAAUAACGCACAUGCACACACAUGUUGGAUAUGUUGAAAGGUCUUCGGUUACUGAUUAGGCUGAACACACUCAAACCCCACUCAACAACUACAGCAACUAACCUAACCCAUAUCUUCGGCAUAUCCAAAAUAUAGUAGCAAGACAGAC